GGGUUUUUUUUUUUUUUUUUUUUGACACGAUGCAUUACAAGCACCGAUGCAUUCCGAAGUGGAGCUGUCAGACAUCAGCGUGCCGCGUUCUCUCUCUCCUCCACACAGCAGAGUUGACGGGAGGUAAUCCCGUCCAUGUGAGGAGGCGGCACGGGCGCGGGGCGCGGGGCGGAGGCGGGUUGUUUUUCAUUUAAAAACUACUAGUCCUAUAAAAAGCGGAACUCGGAGCUAGAUAGAAAGAAAGAGAGAGAUAGAGAGGGAGGGAGAGCGAGAGAGAGAGAGAGAAAGGGAAAGCGCGGAGAACGACACGGCUGUAUCUGUGGGGAUGGAGAUGCUGCACGGAUCCGCAGGUGUCCAAACGGCGCUGAAAAACGCCGCUGUGUGCGUAAUGCUGCUGCCGCGCUUCCUGUUCGCCGCCGUGAUGCUGUGGCUCUUGGAUUUCCUGUGCAUCCGGAGGAAGGUGCUCACGAAGAUGCGGGAGAGCGACCUGAGCAGCCCCGACGACCCGCCGCUCUGCGUGUCAGACUCCAACAAGAUGUUCACGCUCGAGUCGCUGCGCGCCGUGUGGUACGGACACAAGCUGGACUUCUUCAAGACGGCGCGUCUGGGCGGCGCGGCGCCCAACACCGAGGUGGUCCCGCUGGACAGCGCGUCGCGGAGAGGCGCGCAGCGGAUCCUGGACUACGCCCGCGGGAGGAGACCCCUGAUUCUCAACUUCGGGAGCUGCUCCUGACCGCCGUUCAUGACGCGCCUCGCGGCGUUCCAGCGCGUCGCGCGGCAGUACGCGGACAUCGCGGACUCGCUGCUGGUGUACAUCGAGGAAGCGCAUCCUUCGGACGGCUGGGUGAGUUCCGACGCGCCGUACCAGAUCCCCCGGCACCGCUGCCUGGAGGACAGACUCUGCGCCGCGCAGCUCAUGAUCCGCGAGGCACCGGGGAGCGCCGUGGUCGUGGACACCAUGGAGAACUCCUCUAACUCGGCGUACGGCGCAUAUUUCGAGCGCCUCUACAUACUGAAGGACGACAAGGUCGUGUAUCAAGGCGGCAGGGGACCGGAAGGCUACCGGGUGUCGGAGCUCAGAGACUGGCUCGAGCGCUACCGGAGCGAUCUGGAAGCUUCUAACGCGGAGACCGUGGUGCACGUUUAAGACGGAU